UAACCUAUCAGGAUUUAAUUAUUUGUCACAUUCACGUCAUAAAUUGGUCAUUUAUAAGUAUACAAUGAACUUUCCCAUUUUUUGCAAUAUCCAAAAAGCAUGUAAUAAGAAAUAUAUUAACUCGAAAAUUGUGAUCUGAGAUUUGAUCAAAAGAUCACUUUUCCCUCGAUUUCUCAAAACCCUUAUUAUCCUAUCAAAAACUGAAAAACCCAGAUUCCCUUUUCUUCAAAUUUCUUAACUUUUUUAUUGUUGAACUGCAUUCGACUUCAAUUUGGUGGCUCCAAGAGUUGUGGGGGGUGAAGUAAAGUUUGAUGAGAGGAGUGAAUUGGGGUUGUUAAUAAAGAGACAAUGACUGGAGGGUCAUUGGGGAUUCGUUCUGGGAGUUGUGGGACUUUGGACAAACAGCUGCAAAACGGAGUUUUGCCAAUUCAAGCGCCUGCUGCAACAAGAAGUAAACCUUCUAAAAUGUUUAAGGAAAAGGAGACAUUUGUUCAUUGGAUCUGUAAGUUUGCUGGCCGCAAAAAGGUUGGAAUGUUUCUCCUUUGUGUCGUCUCCGCUGCCGUUUUUGUUUGGGUCUUAUAUGUUGGCAAAGGUGAAGAUCAAGAAAGUGACAAUGUCCCUAAGGUAAAUGAUAGCUUGCCUCUAAAUAAUUCUGGAUCGCCCUUAUUAAAUGAAGUACAAAGUGUCAGAAUAGACAAUUGGACAUCUUUACCAAUCAGUGUGGAAGGAACUGAAGUUGGGGUAAUGCCCCCUCCUCCUCCUUCAUAUUUUCUGGGCUACACUCUUCCUUCGGGGCAUCCAUGCAAUGCUUUCAGUUUACCCCCUCCACCAGCAGACAAAAAAAGAACAGGACCACGUCCUUGUCCCGUAUGUUACCUUCCUGUGGAGGAAGCUGUUGCCUUGAUGCCAAAAGUCCCAUCAUUUUCUCCGGUACUUAAGAGUUUAACAUAUAUUUAUGAGGAAAACUUAAAUAAAGAGACAGAAUUUGGAGGUUCAGACUUUGGUGGGUAUCCUACUUUGAAGCAGCGGGAUGAUUCAUAUGACAUAAGAGAGUCAAUGAAUGUGCACUGUGGAUUUGUCAAAGGAAGCAAACCAGGCCAUGGGACAGGAUUUGACAUUGAUGACAAUGAUCUUCUUGAGAUGGAGCAAUGUCAUGGAGUGGUUGUUGCAUCAGCAAUAUUUGGAGCUUUUGAUAUCAUACAACAACCAAAGAAUAUUAGCGAAUAUUCCAAGCAAACUGUCUGCUUCUAUAUGUUUGCUGAUGAAGAAACAGAGGCUGAUUUGAAAACUAAUGGUGGUUUGGAUGAGAGUAAGAAGAUUGGAGUAUGGAGAAUUGUUGUGGUGCGUAAUCUUCCUUACACCGAUGGAAGGCGCAAUGGAAAGAUCCCAAAGCUUCUACCACAUAGGCUGUUUCCCAAUGCUCGUUUUUCAUUGUGGAUUGAUGGGAAACUCGAGCUUGUUGUUGAUCCAUUUCAAAUUCUUGAGAGGUUCUUGUGGAGACAAAAUGCUACUUUUGCAAUUUCUAGACAUUAUAAACGCUAUGACGUGUUUGAUGAAGCUGAGGCAAAUAAAGCUGCUGGCAAAUAUGAUAAUGCCUCCAUUGACUUUCAGGUUGACUUUUAUAAAAAGGAGGGUUUGAUCCCAUAUUCUGAGGCUAAACUUCCUAUCACAAGUGACGUUCCUGAAGGAUGUGUAAUAUUGAGGGAGCAUGUUCCUAUUAGCAACCUCUUUACUUGUCUUUGGUUCAAUGAAGUUGACCGUUUUACUUCCAGAGACCAAAUUAGCUUUUCAACAGUUAGGGAUAAGAUUGCGGCAAAGACAAAUUGGACUGUGAAUAUGUUCUUGGACUGUGAAAGGCGCAACUUUGUCGUUCAGCAACAUCAUAAGGAAGUUUUAGCGCGCUUGGCUCAGAUGGCUCCUCCUGCCAUUUAUCCACCACCACCACCAGUGCUAUCUUUGCCCAACGAUCCACCUAGAAUCUUUUCACUUGAAACUUCAGGUGAAAGUAUUGUUAGUGCUCCACUAAGGAAGUUCUCACCAAGACGUGGAAGAGAUAGGAGGUCAGGUUCCAGGCGCCAUAGGAAAGCUGGCAAGGAAAUGGUUACAAGUUAAAAGUUUUUGUCGAGGCAAAUUACCAUUCUUUUUCCUCCCCACUUGCAGAAAUGUUCAUCCCUGGGGUUGGAAGAUCAAGCAAGAGUAUUGUAGUUCUGUUCCAUAAAAACUACAGUCCAUCCAAUUUUUUCCUUUUCCUUUCACUUUGGCAAUUGUCUAUUUUCAUUAUUUUUUGUUGUAUAUAUAAAGUAUAGUCCCAAAUAAUUAUCAAUAUAUAUGGGGUACCACCAACAUCCUCAUGUGGUAACCCUUUUUUUUUUGUUUCACUGUAUUGGGACUCAAAUUAUUUAAUAGCCAUCUUUAUGUUCUCUCUUCAUUGAAAGUCAAUAAAAUCUAUGAAAUUAAC